CGCUCGCGCAGGCGCAGAGCCGCCGGCGCGCGCCCUGCCGCUCGUGGACACGCGCGGACCCCGCGAUGGCGGACGGCGACCUGCAGCUGGUGGCGCGGCGCAUCCGCAGCUUCCCGGACUUCCCCGUGCCGGGCGUGCUGUUCAGGGACAUCUCGCCCCUCCUGAAGGACCCUGACUCCUUCCGCGCGUCCAUCCGCCUCCUGACGAAUCACCUGAAAGAGACCCAUGGCGGCAAGAUCGACUACAUCGUGGGCCUAGACUCCCGAGGCUUUCUGUUCGGGCCCUCCCUGGCCCAGGAGCUCGGCCUGGGCUGCGUGCUCAUCCGGAAGCGAGGGAAGCUACCUGGCCCCACCUUGUCCGCCUCAUACACACUGGAAUACGGGAAGGCUGAGCUGGAAAUCCAGAGAGACGCCUUGGAGCCAGGGCAGAAGGUGGUUGUCGUGGACGAUCUGCUGGCUACUGGCGGAACCAUGCGUGCAGCCUGCGAGCUGCUGGGCCAGCUGCGGGUGGAGGUGCUGGAGUGCGUGAGCCUGGUGGAGCUGACCUCGCUGAAGGGCCGGGAGAAGCUGGGGGCCGUGCCGGCCUUCUCUCUUCUGCAGUACGACUGACUGCUCCCCCCAGAGGGGAGUUCCAGCCUAGGGGCUGGCCGCCGGCCACCAGGGGGCGCUGGCCACCUGCCUGGACCUUUCACCAUUUUCUCCAGUUGCCCUUUUCUAGGGCCUGGGGCUACUGUCUCGGGCCCUUCCUGUGGGUCCCGGAGGUGCCAAGGCCUGGAGCUGGUGGCUCAGGCCACCGCAGUUCCGUUUACAAACACCGAAAGGAGAAGAUGAAUAAACUGCUUUGCUAGA